CGGGAGAGCCCCUACAGUAACGCCACACCGGACGAGGACGACCACCACCAGCAGCAGCGGAGGGUUUCGGGUUUGGGUAUAAAGACUGCAAUUUGGCCAGCAGCAGGCACACUCGGUCACAACACUCGCUUCAGUAAACAUCUAAAUUUUAGUCCCCGUGUUUUUUCUAUCUAUCUUAAGUGAAAUGAACAGCUUUGCCGUGUUUUUGGCGUUCGCCUCACUGGCCGCCGUUGCCGUUGCGGAACCACCGUCACCGUACAGCUAUAACCGCCCGUCCGGUGGACAUGGAGGAAGCAGCGGCGGUGGCUACAGCCACGGAGGUGGUGGUGGCGGCGGUGGCUACAGCCAGGGUGGUGGUGGCGGAUACUCCAGCGGUGGUGGAUACUCGAGCGGAGGCGGCGGCGGAUACGCUGCCAGUGCCGGCAGCUUCUCCAGCUCGUCCUCCUUCUCUAGCGGCGGUGGUGGCUAUCAGGCCGUUCCGUCCGGAGUUCAAACCUCCGAGGGACUGAACGUGGACCCGCAGCUGCUGAACGAGAUCCGCCAAAUUCUGCUCCGCGAGGAAAGCCAAUCGUCGUCGUCGUCCGGUGGAUUCGGUGGCGGAUACCCGUCGGCCCCGUCUGGUAGCUACGGAGCACCGUCCGGUUCGUAUGGACCACCGUCAUCCAGCUACGGUGUCCCGUCCGGUGGUCAGCGUGUCGUCGGUAUCGAUCUCGAGGGUGUGAAGCAGGCCAUCCAGGUGGCUCAGUUCCUGCAGACCUCGUCCGCUUCGGUCCCGUCCGGUUCGUACGGUGCUCCAUCGGCUCCGUCCGGCUCGUACGGUGCUCCGUCGCGCCCAUCCGGCUCGUACGGUGCUCCGUUCUAAGCCGUCCCGCACGGGAACGCGCUAGUACCGUGCACCCGCGCAACCCGUGUACACCAGUAUCCAACGUGCCGGACCCUCUCUCGUCCGGCACGCUGGAUAUCAUUAACGACUUAAAAAAUGGACGAAAACCUCCCGGGGGGAAAACACCCUUCCACCGGGGAAAUCGCAUACCAUUGGACACCGGACGAUACGAAAACACACGCGAAACACAGGCAAAUGCACGUAAAGCACACAUGGAAAAAACACGCAACAUCUCCACGCCAACCCAUAACAUCUGCGAGCGAGGAUAACCACCUGUCAGGAACGGCUUGGGACAACACGAUGCAUCCGUGGAAUCGAUAGGCGCACCGGCAUCGCACCGGACGCUUGCCGAUCUCACGGAUGCAUCGCCGGACAGGUGGUUUGUGUGGGCCGUGCUGUCAUACACCACUCCAUGACACCACGCGCACGGUCCACGGUAGUGAUCUGAGGACACCAACACAAAAAAAAAACAGUUCCACUGUUCUGUUUUUUUCCAUGUAAAUAUCUCUCUUUAUCUCCUUCUCCCGUCCUUUGCAACCUAUCAAGCAAGGGAUCAAGUUUUUGUUCAACUCAAGCAGAAACCGUAACCGAGGAUAAAAAAGCUAUAAAAAAAAUAAAAAAAUCGAAAAAUUUGUCACCGUUAAA